GAAGCACGGCAGCUAAGCCUGCAGGCAGUGCGUACAAGAUCACUAAUAUCGCACUAGAGUUUGACAAGGUUAAUAACGAGGGUCUCGCGAGCGCUAUGAUGUCACAGUAUAGUCGUUUGGCGCUUCCCUAUGAAAGGGUACUCUGUAGCAAGGUCGUCACGAUAAAAAGGCUGAUACCAGCUACAAUUUGCAAAUUGAUACUCCAGCAAAAAGUUUAAAAGGCGUCUUAUUAUUGUUCGUAGAUCCGGGGAAAGUAAUGGCUUACUCGGGCGCUAACGAGGUCUUCUACAACCCCAAGAUUGAAAAAAUCUCGAUCACUGUCGAGGGUGAGCCUAAUGAGCUCUACACGCACGCGAUGCUCCCGAAAGAUCACCUCGAGCAGAUCGUAAACUUAUUCGGUAGCCACGAUUCAAAGGUGAUCUUUCGGGAGCAUCGCGUGCGUGUAGAGCUCAUUAGGCUCACCCUCGACAGUGAUCGAGAUUUUUUCAAUCUUGGGGUUGUAGAAGACCUCGUUAGCGCCCGAGUAAGCCUUUACUUUCCCCGGAUCUACGAACAGUAAUAAGACGCCUUUUAAACUUUUUGCUGGAAUAUCAAUUUGCAAAUUGUAGCUGGUAUCAGCCUUUUUUAUCGUGACGACCUUGCUACAGAGUACCCUUUCAUAGGGAAGCGCCAAACGACUAUACUGUGACAUCAUAGCGCUCGCGAGACCCUCGUUAUUAACCUUGUCAAACUCUAGUGCGAUAUUAGUGAUCUUGUACGCACUGUCUGCAGGCUUAGCUGCCGUGCUUCCUGAAGACACCGUACCGGCAUCCUUUAUAACGUCACCAUAUGAUGCAAAAUGUAUUACAAACUGAAGCCUAUCGUGUAAGCCUGGUUGGUAAAAGGGCAGAUUCCUCGUGAGUUCGAACAUUUUACCGAUAGGGAUGCAAAAGGUGUUGCCGUAGGCUGCGACGAUCGCUUUUUCCUCAUCCGUGCCUACAUGAUCAGUCGCUUUGAUCUGUAAGGCGCGGCUUGUACCAUCAUUGGGGUUGAUCCCCUCUAGGAUCAAGUUGUUUUCCUGAAGAAGCUUGGGCAACCAUAGGUCCUUGUAGGUAGCGAGCACCCUGUAGUCGCUAAUAUUUUGCACCUCGUUACCGUUCAGGCUGAUUCUAAGAUUUUGUACCAGGGCUUUGCCGAUAUUGCUUACAAUUGUACGCUUGGUAUUGGUACCCGUUAAUUCAAGAUCAAAGAGGAGUUUGAUGCUAGAUGGAAAAAUUACGUCGUUCUGGUCCAUGUUGGUAUGUCUACAUACAAGUCCUCGUUCUGAUUAAUCGUACUAGGGACAUGACUUACUUUUACACGUUGCUUCUUCCCCUUCAUAGCCAUCAUUGUUUUAAUCUCCGCGUAGGGAUCGAGCUUAGUUCCGAAUAUGUUACUCAUGUUCAUGAUUAGCUGAAAUAAAUGCCGAUUAAUCCAAUAUACGAAGGAGACGACUUUACGUCAGAGGAAAAAAUUCCAGACGAGGAUUUCAGUAGGUCUGGUGCCAGAUCCACGAUAACGCCAGAUCAGGGUCAAUCGCCUACCGUCUCCGCAAGAGACACCACGACAAGACAGAGGGAAGAGCUACUAAAAUCAAAGGUCGACGAUCUUUACGAACACCUUGCUGAGGAGCUGGGGCAGCCAAUCGCGAGAUUUUAUAACGAGUUUGAGGCACAAGGAAACCAGCUUCUUUUCGAUGGCAUAGAGAUCACUAAAAGGAAUGGUAAAUUGAAGAGCGUUGCCGAGAUACAGAAGAGAUUAGGUACAAAUCGCUUGCGAGAAUUGGGGUUUACCGACUAUACUACACCAAACAAAGGCAGUAAAGCAAUGGCUCAGAAACUCCUUAACGAGAUUGUUCAUGUUGAACAGAAGGCCGAUGAUAUCGAAAUGAUGCCGCUGCUCGAGAACGUCCUUGAUGAAACGGAAAGCCUGAUAGAAGAGACUCCUUUUGGCGCCAGCGAAGCCUUCACAUAG